AUGAUGAAAUCGAGGAAUCUUAGACGGGAGACUGAACCGGCGUCGAAGUUCCCGGUAAAGUUAGAGAUCGCCGAGGACUUUCUAGAAGAAGAACACGGUCCUCUCAACAAACGAUCUAAGCUAUGGAGCAAUAAUGGAACAAACGUCUCUCUUAUGCUACCGACAAAGUUAAACUUACUUGAAGAGCCAAGUCCUUUGGGACUUAGCUUAAGAAAGAGCCCGUCUUUGCAAGAUCUGAUUCAGACGAGACUCUCUCAAAGUGUUGGUGUGAAGAAAGAAAGUACCGGUUUUGCUUCUUCUCUUGUCGGAACCGUUGAGAAACUCAAAGCUUCUAAUUUUCCCGCUACAAUUCUGAAGAUUGGCCAAUGGGAGUAUAAAUCGAGGUAUGAAGGUGAUUUGGUUGCAAAAUGUUACUUUGCGAAACACAAACUUGUAUGGGAAGUGUUGGAACAAGGUCUCAAGAGCAAAAUCGAGAUCCAAUGGUCAGAUAUUAUGUCUUUGAAAGCAAACUUUCCGGAAGAUGAACCUGGAACUUUAACAAUCUCGCUUGCAAGGCGUCCAUUGUUUUUCAGGGAAACGAAUCCACAGCCUCGAAAGCAUACGUUGUGGCAGGCAACUUCAGAUUUCACCGAUGAUCAAGCAAGCAUGAACAGGCAACAUUUUCUGCAAUGUCCACCAGGGAUAUUAAACAAACAUAUAGAGAAGCUUCUCCAAUGUGAUCAUCGUCUGUUCUGUCUAAGCCAGCAACCGGAGAUGAAUUUGGACUCACCGCUCUUCUUUGACACACGACAAUCUAUAUUUGAGGAUCCUUCUGGAUCUCAGAACAUUGCAUCAUCUCCUGUUGGUGCUCAGUCAUCAACAUCAGAACAUAUGUCUCUGUCUCAUGACACAGCACUCUCCCCUAGCUCAGUUAUGGACGCUCAUGCAAUCGAAGGAGCUGCUGGUAGUGCUUCGGUUGAGUCAAGAGUUACAAAAGAUUGGAGUCAGGUACAAGUGCCUGGACUACGACAAUCUAUCUCCAUGAACGACUUUCUUGCGUUCUUGUCAGAUCCAGCUUCUGGUGAUAACCCGGAACUGGAAGAAAUGAAACAAUUGCUGCUAAGUGACAACAACACUCAACCGGAGACAACAUCUGAUGAGAAGUCUGUCAUGUCAAAGGUGAACUCUUUCUAUAACCUCUUGCAAGCAGCUGCAAACGAUGAUUUGGACAUCGGGCCGAAAACCGAAUGCAAGGAUAGAGUUCUUGAUCCUGCUUCAAGCAGUAAGCCACAGGGCAUGUCGAGGAAAGACUCGUUUAGUGAUUUGUUGGUACAUCUUCCUCGGAUCACGUCUCUACCGAAGUUCUUGUUCAACAUCUCAGAAUAA